CCAGUUGAAGAAAGAUAGAAAGAAAUAUUUAGACCAAAACGUGAAAGUAGUGAAUUGCAAAUCCACAGAGAAGCGAAGCCAUGAAGGUCCGAUCGGUGAAGCUUCGAGAAGCCCACAAGGCGGCGGCGGCGGCGAGCGGCGACGGGCGGCCUUCGUUCUCCUCGGUGGUGUGGGACCAGCUGGCCCACCACAUAGUCACGGCCUCCGCCUCUGACCCCAUCAUCUCCAUUCACGACCCUCUCCUUCCCUCCGCCCCUCCCAAGCUCCUCCACCAUCACCUCGACGGCGUCACCGCCCUUGCCCUCAGCCCCAACUCCACCUGCCUCGCUUCCGGCUCCGUCGACCACUCCGUCAAGCUCUACAAGUUUCCUGGCGGGGAAUUUGAGACUAACAUAACCAGAUUCACACUGCCAAUUCGAGUCCUUGCCUUUAAUAAAUCAGGGACGAUGUUGGCAGCUGCUGGUGACGAUGAAGGGAUUAAGCUUAUCAAUACAGUUGAUGGUUCAAUUGCUAGAGUUCUUAAAGGACAUAAAGGACCUAUAACUGGCCUGGGUUUUGACCCCAACGGUGAGUACUUAGCUUCUAUUGAUUCAACGGGGACUCUCAUAUAUUGGGAACUCACUUCUGGAAGUACACUACAUACCCUUAAAGGCGUAGCCCCUGACCUCGGUUUAGACCCGUCUGUUAUGAAUGUACUUAGCUGGAGUCCUGAUGGGGAGACCCUAGCCGUCCCAGGGUUGAGAAAUGAUGUGGUCAUGUAUGACAGGGACACGGCUGAAAAGCUGUUUUCAUUAAGAGGCGAUCAUACGCAACCUAUUUGCUUCUUGUCUUGGUCGCCUAAUGGAAAAUACAUGGCUACAGCUGGUUUAGACAAGCAGGUUUUGAUAUGGGAUGUUGAUAAAAAGCAGGAUAUUGAUAGGCAGCAAUUUGAUGAGAGAAUUUGUUGCUUAGCAUGGAAGCCAGUAGGCAAUGCACUUGCUGUUAUUGAUGUUACGGGGAAGUAUGGCAUAUGGGAUUCAGUUGUUCCGUCAUCCAUGAAAUCUCCGACUGAAGAUAUCCCAAAUUUAAACUCGAAGAAUGGGCUUCUCUUCUUUGAGGAAGAGGAUCUGCAGGAGCCUAGUUUCUUUGGUAGUUUAAGCGACCUUGGUGAAGACAGCCUUGGGGAGUCUGAACCACCUUGCAGGAAGAGACUAAGAAAGCAGUCUGCGUUUGAGAAUGAUUUGGACGAGGAUGUUGGUGAUGAGUUAAGCUUGCCUCCUAAAGUUGAAUCUCGUAAAAAACCCUACCAUACACACAGAGCAAGCAAAGAAGAUGGGAAUGAGGGACAAAGAGGCAGAGUAACAUCUAUGAGGCUGAAAAUGCAAGAGGCCUUUCAGCCAGGUGCCACUCCCAUGCAGCCUGGAAAAAGGCGUUUUUUGUGCUACAACAUGCUAGGAAGUAUAACAACAAUGGAGCAUGAUGGAUACUCCCAUAUAGAGAUAGACUUUCAUGAUACUAGCAGACAUCCACGAUUUCCGUCAAUGAAUGAUCAUUUUGGUUUUACAAUGGCUUCGUUAAAUGAGAAAGGAAGUGUAUUUGCAAAUUCUUGCAAGGGUGAGAAGAACAUGAGUACUCUAAUGUAUCGUCCAUUUAGUAGCUGGGCAAAUAAUAGCGAGUGGUCUAUGCGAUUUGAGGGGGAAGAAGUGAAGGUUGUGGCGCUUGGGACAUCUUGGGUGGCUGCAAUAACAAGUCUCAAUUUCCUUCGCAUCUUCAGCGAAGGUGGUUUGCAGAAACAUGUCCUCUCCCUGGAUGGACCAGUGGUGACUGCAUCAGGAUUCAAGGAUGAACUAGUCGUUGUCACUCAUGCCACUGACUGUCUUCCAUCGAAUGAUCAGAUGCUUGAGUUUAGAGUGUUUAACAUAUCUAAUAGGACUCAGCCCCUUAGAGGACGUUUGCCACUAACUCCUAGUUCUCAUUUAACGUGGUUUGGGUUUAGCGAGGAAGGACAAUUGAGCUCCUAUGACUCCAAGGGUGUGCUGAGAGUUUUUAUGAGCCAGUUUGGAGGCAUUUGGCUCCCACUCUUCAGUGCCAGUAAAGAAAAUAAGUCUGAAAACUAUUGGGUGGUUGGGCUGAAUGCAAGCAAAUUGUUGUGUGUACUUUGCAAGAAUUCUGACUUAUUCCCGCAGGUUAUGCCCAAACCAGUUCUCACUCUGCUAAAUCUUUCAUUCCCUCUUGCUUCCUCUGAUCUGGGAGCAGAGGCCCUUGAAAAUGAGUUUAUGUUGAAUAGCAUGCAUCUCUCACAGAUACAAAAACAAAUAGAUGAUUUUUCCGGUGCCGGUUUGAACACCGCUUCACUUGAUGAUGAAGCAUUCAAUGUUGAGGCAGCGCAAGAUAAAUGCAUCCUGAGGCUUAUCGCAUCUUGCUGCAAUGGUGAUAAGCUUGAGAGAGCUACAGAGCUUGUUAAGCUUUUGUCACUAGAGAAGUCUGUGAGGGGUGCAAUUAAGCUUGUUACAGUUCUGAAGCAUCCUAAUUUGGCAGAACGAUUCAGCAGCAUAUUGGAGGAGAGACUGCUCGCCGAAAGUAAAGAGACCUCACGAACCUUGCUUCCUAGCUCAAAUCGCAAUGUGUCCGUUAAGGAUGAUAUUGCAGUUACUAGGACUCCAUUUUCUACUGAAAAAAGUAGCACUUUAGGAACUGAUAAUGUGUUAUCAUCCUCAAGAUUGUCUGCUCCACUUUUCACAAAGAAAGCGAAAUCACAAGGAGCUAAAGUUGAAAUGGAGAAAAACAAACUAAGCCAAACUACAACAGAUGAUACCGGAAAGGCAAAGAAGGUAGAACAGGUUACAAAUCCUGCAAAGGUGGCAGAAUUGCAUCAGGAACAGCCUAGCCGACCGUUAAAUCUUUUUGCAAAAUCAUUAACCAAUCAAGAGAAGAAGGCAGGAGAUGCAGAUCAGGUACAAUCAAGUCGCCCGUCUAAUCCAUUCUUGAAGUCGUCUGUCAAGUGAUUCCUCUUAAUGAGAAGCUGAGAAUAAAAACCGAAUUGAGGUUGUAAAGAUAGGAUGGGAUUCUGUCAUUUGGGGCAGCAUCCAACUAAAUUUGUCAGACCAGCAAUUUUCAUCUCGUGUAGAGUUUGGCGCUGCCCACAAAGAGGCAUUAUGAAACAUAGCUCUUGUAAUUAUCUGUUGACACAAACAUCAAAGCUUCUUCUUCUUCCAAGGCAUUUACUCAUCAUUUGUUGUUGUUGUUGUUUUUUUUUUUUUUUCACUGACAUAUGAUUGGCAAUUAGUCUGAUAUGGUCGUCCCGACAAAUUUGCGAGCAUUUCCUAUUUAAUCUAAUG